AUGAUCAAGGAGAUCGAGGGCGUCGUAUCAAAAUGCGUUGCAUGUCAAUCACUCGCUAGUUUCCCCUCACCAAAAUAUCAGAGUUGGUCAGAACCCGAAAAUGUUCAGUCUCGACUACACAUGGAUUUCGCUGGUCCAUUUUGGAAUGACAAAUGGCUUAUAAUCGUUGAUGCAAAAUCCAAAUAUCCGAUCGUCAAGAAAAUGAAUAACGACACAUCAGCUAAUAAUAAAGCUUUGGAAGAAAUCUUCGACAUUUUUGGAAGUUGCGAUACCAUUGUCACGGAUAAUGGACUUCCCUUCAACAGUAAUCAAAUGCUACGAUUCUACAACAGAUAUAGUACCGAGCAUAUCACCGCACCUCUAAGUAGCUCAGUGUAG